ACCGUAAGACGGUCAACUUUUCGCGUCCAGCUCAGGAUAAGGCCCUGGCUCUCUCACUUCUCAGCAAACCGAUUCAGAGACGUAGCCAUGGCGGAAGAGAGGAGCAGCGGAGUGCGGGUGUGCGUCACCGGAGGCGCCGGGUUCAUCGGCUCGUGGCUCGUCAAGAAACUCCUCGAGAAAGGCUACACCGUCCACGCCACCCUCCGGAACACAGGAGACGAGGAGAAGGCGGGGAUGCUGCGGCGGCUGGUCCCCGGCGCGGCCGAGCGGCUGCAGCUGUUCGACGCCGACCUCUUCGACGCCGCCACCUUCGCGCCGGCGAUCGCCGGGUGCCGGUUCGUCUUCCUCGUCGCCACCCCAUUCGGGCUCGAAGCCGCCGGCAACAAGUACAAGAGCACGGCGGAAGCUGUCGUGGACGCGGUGCGCGCGAUCCUCCGGCUGUGCGAGGAGUCCAAGACGGUGAAGCGCGUGAUCCACACCGCCUCCAUAACCGCCGCUUCGCCGCUGAUGAAGAAGGGCUCCGGCGGCGCCGGGUACAAGGAUUUCAUCAGCGAAUCUUGUUGGACCCCCCUUGACGUUGACUACCCUCUCCGAAGCGCGCACUUCGACAAGUACAUACUGUCGAAGCUGCAGUCGGAGCAGGAACUCCUGAGCUACAACGCCGGCAAGAGCCCGGCGUUCGAGGUGGUGACCCUGCCCCUGGGCCUCGUCGCCGGCGACACGGUCCUCGGCCGCGUCCCGGAGACGACGGAGAGCGCCGUGUCGCCCGUGUCCCGCAACGAGGCCUACUCCGGGCUCCCGCGCAUACUGCAGCAGCUCCUGGGCUCGCUGCCGCUGGUGCACGUCGACGACGCCUGCGACGCGCUCCUCUUCUGCAUGGACCAACCCUCCGUCGCCGGCCGGUUCCUCUGCGCCGCCGCGUACCCGACCAUCAACGACGUCGCCGACCACUUCGCCGAGAAGUUCCCGCACCUCGACAUCCUCAGAGAAACGGAGGCGGUGGCGAGGGUGCAACCUGAGGGGGACAAGUUGGGGGAGCUGGGAUUCAGGUACAAGUACGGGAUGGAGGAGAUUCUUGACAGCAGCGUUGCCUGCGCGGCGAGAUUGGGUUCUCUUGAUGCAUCCAAGCUCAACCUGCAGAAAGGAUAAACCUGGAAGGCUAAGCAUAGCCGUAGGAUGGACUUGUGUUGUUUUUCGUUGAUGUUUGUUCAAUGGGCAAUUAUGCCUUCCUUUAAAAUAAAGCACCGACCCCGUUAUAUGCAGGCUUCAUAAAUAAAACUUUUCAGGAAUAUUCCAUAUAUGUUUUCUUUUAAGGACAA